AUGAUUCUCCAGUGCUUCGCGGCACUACAAUGCUCCAUUGUUCCCCACCAUCCAACCGUCCGUUUAGUUCAUCCCAAGAUCAUCUCUCCAACGCCAUCAUCAUCAACCAUAACAAGAAGGGGAGCUUUAUCCGCUGCUUUAAUCUCCACCACAUUCACGCUGAUCUUGACGCUGACACCUCCUUCAAAGUCCGCCAUAGCCGAAUUCUCUGAACUCCCAAACUCCGGCGGCGUCAAGGCUUUGGAGCUUCGCCUCGGUGACGGUGAAGUACCCGCCGCCGGCGACCAGGUUGCUGUUCAUUACUAUGGAAGGUUGGCAGCGAAACAAGGAUGGCGCUUUGACUCGACAUAUGAUCACAAAGAUGAAAAUGGUGAACCGAUUCCUUUUGUAUUCGUUAUUGGGUCUGGGAAAGUCAUUUCAGGGAUUGAAACAGCUGUGAAAUCUAUGAAAGUGGGUGGUGUUCGUAGAGUUGUUAUACCGCCAUCACAAGGGUAUCAGAACACAUCACAGGAACCUGUACCACCUAAUCUCUCAGGGUUUAUUGUCUUUCCUCAGUUUUUUGACAGGCAGAGACUGUUUACAACCAUUUUCAAUCCAACUCGUCUUGCUAAUGGAGAAGGCUCAACUUUGGGGACUCUUGUGUUUGAUAUUGAGUUGGUCAGCCUGAGACGUAAAUGA